AUGUAAAAAUACAUUAAAGAAUGCUAAGCAUUUAUAAUUACAGCUGGAGCAGGUAUGGGAGUUGAUUCUGGUCUACCUGAUUUUAGAGGAAACAAAGGUUUUUGGAAAAUUUACAGACCUUUUGAAAACAAAUAUGGAUUUACAGAUUGUGCUAAUCCAUAAUUCAUGAAUUAUAAUCCAAACUUAUUUUGGGGAUUUUAUGGUCAUCGAUUACAUAUGUAUCGAAAUACUAUUCCUCAUGAAGGAUUUUAGAUACUCAAAAAAAUAUGUUUGAAUAGAGAUUACUUUAUUGUAACAAGUAAUGUAGAUGGGCAAUUUUAGAAAGCUGGAUUUGAUACUAAUCAUAUUUAUGAAAUGCAUGGAUCAAUUCAUAAAUUCUAAUGUACACCUUGUGAUAAAUUAUAUGAUGCUAAUUAGUUUCAAGAUUUAUCAAUUGAUUUAGAGAAAUUUAUAGCUGCAGAUCCUUUGCCUCAAUGUGAAUGCAAGCAUUUAUUAAGACCGAAUAUUUUGAUGUUUGGUGAUUGGGAUUGGAUUUCAACUAUUUAUGAUUAGUAGGAAAAACGAUUUUUUGAAUUUGUUGAGAAAUAUAAAAAUAAUAAGGUAUGUGUAAUUGAAAUUGGAGCAGGUACUUCAAUUCCAAGUAUUAGAAAUUUAGGUGAUAGAAUUCUUGAUAAUAUCAAAUAAUCAAUUAUGAUUAGAAUAAAUCCUACAGAAGCUAAUAUUCCAAAUGAUGAUAGAUAUUUUAGUAUUUAAAAAGGGGGUUUGGAAGGCAUUAAAGAAUUGGGAGCAUGA